AGGUGGUGGUUUCAGGGUUUGGGUGGUUUGUGGUUUGGGAUGGUGCUUUUGGGGUUCGCAGCAGUGGUUUCAGGGUUUUGGGGUAGUGGUUUUGGGGCUGACCCUUGCCGUUCCCCCCAGUGGGGCCCUAUGGAGGAGCUGAGCCAGCUGACCCUCCCGGGCCACCGCACCAUGAACCCCUGCCCGCUGUACGAGGCCAAGAACGGCACCAUUUUCCUCUUCUGCAUCUGCGUGGAGCGCCGCGUCUCCGAGUGGCACCAGAUCGUGGUGGGACGCAGCGCAGCGCGGCUCUGCUGCUCCUCCAGCUCGGACCACGGCCGCACCUGGAGCCCUCUGCGGGAUCUCACCGACGAAGCCAUCGCUGCCGACCUGCCCAACUGGGCCACUUUUGCCGUAGGGCCGGGCCACGGGGUGCAGUUGGACUCGGGCCGUCUGGCCGUGCCGGCGUACGCCUACUACGUUCACGGCCGGCUGUGUGGUGUCCCGUUGCCCUGCUGCACCCGCCCGCACUCCUUCAUCUUCUACAGCGACGACGGCGGACGGAGCUGGCAGAAGGGUUCUCUGCUGCGGGGCAUGCGGACCGGAGAGUGCCAGGUGGCUGAGAUCAGUGCCAAGGAUGGAGGGACGCUGCUUUACUGCAGUGCCCGUCGGCCGUGCCGCUGCCGGGCCGCGGCCAUCAGUGCUGACCGUGGUCAACGAUUUGGCCUCCCAGCGAGGUGCCCGGCGUUGUGUGAGCCGCCGCAGGGCUGCCAGGGCAGCGUGGUCAGCUUCGUGCCGACCACCAUUGGGUGUCCUGUAGGCAACAUUGACACUGAGAGCCCCAAUGGGGACACUCAACAUUGGCUGCUCUGCUCGAACUCAACCAACCAGCACCUACGAUGCAGUUCAGGCAUUGAGAGUCCCAAUGUGGACACCCAGCAUUGUCUGCUUUGCACUACGCUCCCCACCAUCAUUGGGUGUCCUACAGGCACCACCAGCCCUGAAAGUCCAAAUAGAGUCACCCAACUCUGCCACCACCCACCCAACCAGCAACAACACUGUGAUUUAGGGCUCCACAUCAAUACCACACCGCACAGUGAGUGUCCUAUAGGCACCACCAGCACCGAGAGCCCCAAUGGGGACACUCAGCGUUGGCUGCUCUGCUCCAACCCAACCAACCAGCUCCAGCAAUGUGAUUUAGGGACCAAGAACCUCAACGGGGACACCCAGAAUUGGCUGCUCUGCUCCAAUCCAACCAAGCAGCUCCCGCAAUGUGAUUUAGGGACCAAGAACCUCAAUGGGGACACCCAGAAUUGGCUGCUCUGCUCCAAUCCAACCAAGCAGCUCCCGCAAUGUGAUUUAGGGCCCAAGAGCCUCAAUGGGGGCACCCAACGUUGGCUGCUCUACUCCCACCCCACCAACCGGCGCCACCGCCGUGAUUUAGGGCUCUAUGUCAACACGGCACCGCCCAACGAGGAGGGCUGGCAGCACCCACGGGUGCUGCAGGAGGGACCUUGUGGGUAUUCUGACCUGGCUGUGUGCCCCGAUGGGGUCUUUGGGUGCUUGUUUGAGUGCGGGGAGGUCAGCACCUGCGAGGAGAUCGCCUUCUGCCUCUUCACAUUAGGCACCAUGGGAGGCACCGAAGAUGGUCAAGGCAGUGAGACGCCGUGCCUUGGGGAAGAACCCAUUUUUGGGGUUUUGUCCCCAAAGAGCAACGGGGAGAACUCAGGGGAAGAUUUUAGGGAUGCAAACCCAACGGAGGAGAAGCAGCAUUGCAAGGCUUUUAAUUAACACUUUUCUAUUAAUUGACUGACGCCCAUCGUUGGGUUGGCGAUGGUUGUAGAAAGGAACUGGGUGUGACAGGACAUGGGGGGACAGCAGCACAUUCCAGUGCCCAGAACCAAUUAGAAAUGAACAUUUUAGGGGGUGUGGUGGUGUUGGGUUGGGGUUGGGCUUGGGGGCUCAGAGGUCUUUUCCAACUUCAAUGAUCCUGUGAUUUUCAGCUGGGGAAAACCCAAAAUCAGAGAUGAGUUACAAGUUCCUGACUCUAUUAUGUGUCAUGAGAGAAUAUUUCUCCUUUUUUAGAGUUUUUCCCCUGUUUUUCCAUUGCCUGAUGCCUACUCAGAGCCAAGCUCUGUCUGCCCAACCACAGGGGACAGGAGGUGGCCACAUCUCUGGGCUAGUGAUGGCAGCUCAGCGUGGGCCCACAUCCUCAUGCCACCAGCAAAUAAAUCUCCAAAAAGAAUCCAACUGGGUGACAGAAGGAGGGACAUGGGAUGUGAGGGAUGGGGAUGUGGGACGCCAAGUGGUGGGGAUGGGGUGAUGGAUGUGUGGAGUCAUAGGGAUAUGCAACAUGGAGUCGUGGGGAUGUGGGACAUGAGCGAAGGGGACAUGGGACAUGGAGAGGUGGAGAGGUGGAGUUUUGGGAUAUGUAGUGGUGGGGAUGUGGGACGUGGAGUUAAGGAGACAUGGGACACAGAGUGUUGGGGACAUGGGACAUGGAGUGAUGGGGAUACGGGACAGGAAUUGAAAGGAACAUGGGACAUGGCAUGAAGGAGGGUGUGGGUGAUGGAGUGAUGGGGGUUUGGGAUGUGGAGUGAUAAGGACAUAGGAACAUGGAGUGGAUAGGAGAUGGGGGCAUGGAGUGCUGGGGACAUGGGACAUGGAGGGAAGGGGAAUUGGGACAUGGAGGUUGUGGGACAGAGUGAAGGGAAUGCGAGAGUGAUUGGGGCGUGGAGUGAUGGAUACAUGGAGCGUGGAGUUGACGUGGAACAUGAGGUCAUGGGGAUGUGAGACAUGAGUGAAGGGGACAUGGUGUGGCACGUGGAGUGAUGAGGAUGUGGGAUAUGGAGUGAUGGGGACAUGGAGUGAUGGGAUGCAGGACAGAAGGGACAUGAGACGUGGAGUGAAGAGGACGUGUUGUUCAGAGUCUGAAGCAGGGGGGCUCUCAGCAGUGCCCACCCUGUGUCCUGUGCCUGUCCUUGCACCCACAGUGCUCGUACACCUGGUGCAUCCAUACACCCCUGUGCCAUUGUGCUCCUGUUUCUGCCAAUUCUUUGCCAUUCCUUCAGGAAUUCAGCUGGUUCUGGCCCAUUGGGGGCUGUUUUGGGCAAGUGGUCCCAGUGCUGAUGUGGGGACAUAGUGGGGUGUCUCCAAACUCACCUCCUUGCCCCUGCAGGGAUGGGAUGGGGAUGGUCUUGGGAUGUUACAGGACAGAAUGGGAACAGCCAGGAGGGGUACAGGGACAAUAAGGACCAAAAGGAUGGGGACAUAAAAAGGGGUUGGGACAGGUUGGGGAUAGGGAGGAUGAGGAUAUGGAUGAUGGGGACAGGAUGGGAUGGGGCUACAGAGAACUGGGACAGACAGGAGAGAGACAACCAGGAUGGGGACAAGGAUGAUAAGGAGCAACAGGGUGGGGACAGGAAGGAUGGGGACAGAAUGGGACAGAAACAGAGAGGGAUGGGGACAGGGUAGGAUUAUUAGAGGAAAGAAUGGGGAUAGUCAGGAGGGAGACAGCCAGGGUGGGACAGGAUGAGAUUGGAACAGACCAGGCUGGGGAGAAGAUUGGAUGGGAACAGGACAGAUGAGGACGUGGAAGAUGGGAUGGGAAUGCACAGGACUGGAACAACCAGGAUGGGGACAGGGAUGAUAAGAACCAACAGGAUGGGGACAAGAAGGAUAGGGACAGAAUGGCAUGAUUAUAGGACAGAAUGAGAAGGGGCAGGAUGGGAAAAGGAUGGCAAUGGGGCAGGUUGGUAUGAGGACAGGAUGGAGCGGGGACUUCCAGGAGGGGGACAGGAGGGUGGA